GUGGUUAGCGGCUGGCUACUAUGUGAAGGUGAAGAUGUGUGCGACUCACCCCUUGUAGACCUUUCCGAAGCUGCCACCACCUGUUGCUUUGUGUCAGCAUGCACUACGCCAUAUUCAUUCAACGCGCAUGUCCUCACCAAUGCAGGCCUGCUUCGUGUACAGAGUCUCUGGGUCUACUGCCCCUCCUCCAAAUGCAGAAGCCAUGUCGCAGUUGCUGUUGCGAAUCGAAGCUUGCGCCCAGCUGCGUCUUGUAACCGCCGAAAGUGAUAUUCGAUGUUUCGCCUGGUGCAGUACAGUGCCAAAGUCGCAAGGAUUGCUGCAGAUCUAAUCUAUUCGUCGUGAUGGGGCGUGUGUCUCGUUGCGUUCGUUACUAUUUUGGGGAAGCGCUGAUGUCGUCAAACCAGCAACGACACAGGCAUGGGCGAAGGGAAGUGUCGGCGGUCGAGUCGGGCGUCGGAAGGAUCGAGAUUCAAGGCGGACGGAAGGUGCUGAAUGAGAGUGGCAUCAACCAGAGAAAAAGAGAGAGCUCUUGUUUACCCAGCAAUCUUGCCGUCCAAUGCGAGCGGCUGUUGUUGACUCGAACUUGGUUUGUUGAUGUCCUGCGUCCCGACCCGACGACGGCCGUGCACCUCCGCACUCACUUGUCAAGCACACCUCCACCGUCUAUCCUCACCUUCUUCAAGUCACUUUUGCUUAACCGCGUCUUUGAUCGGAAUAUUAAAACACUAUCUAUGAUGCUCUAUUUGCAAUCUGUUCCUGAGCCGAAAACAUUUGUGCCGGAAAUGCUCAGUAGCCGCUGCUACGACGAGGGGAAUCUCAAAACUACGAAAAAAUACUGAAUAAUUAUGUAGAGAAAUGCAGGACAAUCUGCGGCCUUCUACUCCGCCCUGAUCAUGCGUAGCGGGCCGUUUCUUCGUGUACAU